AUGGCGACCACAACGCUACCUUCCACGAAGACUCACCUUCUAGCACCAAAUAUUAUGCCACGAGUCAAAACUGCUUUGCUUUUAUUCGCUAUAUUUUAUGUAUGCAAUGGACAGUAUGCACAGACUCUUGCUGUACCUUACCAAACGGAACGGAACUGUACCGACACACAGUAUUUCAAUGCGCGGACGAUGAGUUGUGAACCUUGCGGAAGCGGAACAGUCCCAAAUGCUUUAAAGAAUGGAUGCCGCUGUCCCAGCGGUUCAGUCAUUGAACUGAUUACACCAACAGGAAUCCAAUGCCAUGCAUGUCCGACUGGACUCUACAGCUCUCCCAAUGGGCUAGAAUGUAUGCCUUGUCCAUCACCACCAUGUUGCCCCGAAGGAUCCAUAUCCACGUACCGUAACCCGGAUGGCACAGUUAUCGGUUCCGUAGCACGAUCACUCAAUACAACAGAAGAAUAUCGUGACCAGUGUGAAAUGUGUGCAAACGGCACUUUGCCAAAUGCUGAUGGGACCGCUUGCGUGCCAUGUUCCACUUUGGAAUGCUUCUGCAAGUUAUACCCGUCUUUGUGCGAAUCUACGCCUUUGUCACCUUAUCUGGACACCAAUAUCCGACUACUAUCGGGAUAUCUUGCAAAAUCUUCCCUGCUGGAAAAGCUAUUAGAUGGAACAUCAUCAAGAUGUAUUGCUGGAAGUGAAAUGGACUGUCAGGCUCUCUCCAACCUGUGUGUUCUCCAAAAUUAUGACACCUCUGUGGGGACGGCUUGUGAUAUCAUCGAAAAAUUGCGUGCCAAAGUACCCGAGGAUGUAGUGCCAUUGCUCUUUUUUCCUAACGAUGCUGACACGGAAUUAUAUAGAGAAAAAGCUAUAUCGCAGCUAUAUAUGUUCGAUAGUGGAUUCUCUGGACACCUGGUCAUCUUGUUCUUGAGAUACGCCCUCAAUGGUACUUACCUCGGUAUGGUUCCAGCAGAAAAUGUGCUCCAACCCUGUGCACCAGAGGAGGCAUUGCAUUUGCUUGAAUUUGGUAGAGCUUACAAUCAUGACUGUUACAUACCUGUGGAAAGACUUCUAGGUCAAGAAUUAAUAUUCUACGAGGCUUACUUGAAGUUCUUUGACGAAAAGGGUGCGCCACAGCUCUAUCCAGUACCUAUAGUCAACAAUUUGAUUCGCUCCUCAACUGGCAGCUAUCUGAAUCAAGACUCGAAAGAAUCAAAUCAUUGGGUCUUGACUCGGAGAUUCUUCCUGAAUGACGACUACAGUAUGACCACGCAAAACUCUACGCCAAUUAUACGCUAUCCGAAAGCGAUGCACUUGCAUGUGGAACUACAACCUACCCGAGAUGGUCUCAUAUUUCCACCAUAUGUAGAGAUUGAGUACUCGGAAAGGAAUGAUACAAAGGAUCUCAUCAUUAGUCAGAAGUUGAUGGUGUCAUAUGAAACAGAGCCAACACGCCAUAAUCGGGAACUAGAGAUCACCAUGGCCGUGCUCUGCCCACUGUCUGUAUUAUGGGCAGCUAUGAAAGCUUACAGUUGGGGAAGGCGAAGUGGAAAGGUGUCGCUGUUGGAUGGUUCUACCAUUCUGCAGUUCCUACUUUACGAAUGCUCCGCUUUGGCCGAUGUUUUCUUCAUUGUCAUCACUGCAAUGUCCUGUUGGAUCACAUUCGCUUAUAAACAGCAAAAGUAUCCCUUCUACACUACUCUGAAUGAAGAUCAGGAACAAGUCCUUAUGCGAUAUUUGAUCGCCACUCUUGUCCUGAAAUUUAUAGCACUUGUACAUACAAUUCUGCAAAUUGUAUUGCAAGAGACAUUUUUUAUUGACUGGGAAAGGCCACACAUUGUUGAGGAUAGUCGCAACAUUCAUCCCACAUCGAACGAUGUUUCGAAAGAUCGCACGGAGCUCCCUGUUGUUGUGUGGCGCACAUAUCUUGUUGCUAAUGAAUGGGCCGAACUCCGAUGUGUACGGGCUACAUCCUUGGGACUACAAAUGCUCCUAGUCCUUAUGCUCUUGGAAGCAUUCAAUCUUAUCAGAUUUAGCUUUAUUCAGCCUGGAUUUGCAGCUGGCACUCCUUCUGCUGAAUCCUCAGUGCUGACCAGAUUUGCUGUAGUAGUUCUAUUCUAUCUUCUUGUAGGUUUUCUGCAGUGGGUUUUCCAGUUGGUGGUGGUCGAACGCAUGAUACAAGAUCCAUUCCAUAAUUUUAUUGAUCUGUGUUCGAUAGCAAAUAUAAGCGUUCUUGCUCUCACACAUCCUUUGCAUGGUUAUUACAUUCAUGGUCGGUCUGUACACGGUCGAGCUGACACUGGUAUGGCAGAAAUGAAUGAAUUUCUACAGAAAGAACGUGAUGAUCUGUGUGGUUUUCGCGGUCUUGAACCAACUUCUCAUCUGCAGACAUUUACAGUCUGCUUACCUACAGCGUUUAGAACACGCUACGAUGAAAUUAUGACCAGCGCAAGAAACGCAACUACACAGACAAGGCUCACUGGACUGGAUCAGACUACAGCUAAGAUGACAGCUACCGUCAAAGCGCAUCAAGAGAUGAACGCUUUUCUACGCGAGAUGAUUGACCAUUCCACGACCGACGUCGACUAUGUGAUAAGGGACCGCACAUUUGCUGAAGCUACUAUGGAUGCCGAACUUACCGAAACCACACAAACAGGAAACUUUUUAAGGGAUCCAUCAGAAGUCGCAUUCUCCAACUGCUUUCUCUACGGUCGUGAAUGGUCACAUUUUUCAUUUGAGGAGUUUGGCUCCUGCGAUAUUUUACGCAAACCAAGUAGGACCGAACAGAGAUCAAUCGACAAAUUCACGUCAAUUUUGCGCGAAACGUCGAACGCUGAAUUGGACAUCGAUUCUGAAGAAGAUAAUGUGGUAGAAGACUGCAAUAAUGAGGAAAAAAAGUUGUCCGGCGAUGACGACGAUGAGUGA